AUGACAAAAAGGUAUGGGGGUAAGAGACGUGUCAAUUCUGAAUCAAACUCUGAAGCUCAUUGCAAAAUCCUUAAAGAAGAGAAAUCAUAUAAAUGCUUAGAGCAUGGAAAGACAUUCAGUCAAAGCAGCGCCCUUAUCCAUCAUCUAGUGACUCACAUUGCAGAAAAGCCAUAUAGCUGCUUGGAGUGUGGAAAAAGCUUUGCAAAGUCUUCAUGUCUCAGCAGACAUCAAAGCUGUCACAUACAGGAGAAACCAUAUAAGUGUUUGGAGUGUGGAAAGAGCUUCAAACGACGUGCCACCCUUCUUCGUCAUCGAGGAACUCACACAGCAGAAAAGCCGUAUGAAUGCAUGAAGUGCGGAAAGAGAUUCAGGCAAAGCAGCGGCCUCAGCCAGCACCAAGUAACUCACACAGCAGAAAAGCCGUAUAAAUGCUUGGAGUGUGGAAAGAGCUUUUCAGGCAGUUCAUACCUCAGCAGACAUCAGAGCAGUCACACACAAGAGAAACCAUAUAAAUGUUUGGAGUGUGGAAAGCGGUACAAUCAACAGAGCAGCCUCAUUCGACAUCGAGAAACUCACAUGGCAGAAAAGCCAUACACCUGCUUGGAGUGUGGGAAGAGCUUCAGUCAAAAUAUAGAACUCUUUAGACAUCGAGGAAAUCAUGUGGCAGAAAAGCCAUAUAAAUGCUUGGGUUGUGGGAAGAGCUUUAUUUCAAGUUCAUGCCUUAGUAGACAUCAGAGAAUUCACACACAGGAGAAGCCAUACAAAUGCCUGGAGUGUGGACAGAGCUUAAGUCGAAAGGCAAACCUCAUUGCUCACCAAAGAACUCACACGGGGGAGAAACCAUAUCAGUGUUUGCAGUGCGGAAAGCGCUUCACUAUAAAAUCAAACCUCAAUACCCAUCAAAGAACUCACACAAAAGAAAAACCCUACCAGUGCUUGCAAUGUGGGAAGAGCUUCCCCUCCAAGAAUGGUCUCACUCGACAUAUAAUUUCCCACACAGGAGAGAAGCCGUAUCAAUGCUUGGAGUGUGGAAAGUGUUUUGGUUCAGGUGAAAUCCUAAUUAGUCAUCAAAGAACUCACACAGAAGAAAGACCAUAUAAAUGCUUGGAGUGUGGAAGGAGCUUUAACAGAA